AUGCAGGCGGGCGGCAACAGGGAGCUGGAGGCCAAGAAUUAUCUGGAAAAACAUCAGAUUAUGGAGUUGCUGAACUAUCUCACCAGCGCCCUGCUCUUUUCCCGGCCAGAAAAGCCAAGAGAGUAUUUAAUAUCUCUAUUGGAACAACUGAGAAUUGCCAAAAUAACAGGCGUGGCUUUUCCUUUCUUUAUGGAUCACUCUAACAUUGUGUCUAUGUUUGAGAUGAUGGACACUUCAAAUAAAGGCACUAUAUCAUUUGUGCAGUACAAAGAAGGCCUAAAAACCCUGGGUCUGUUGAAUGAAGAUGAAGUUUUAAAAGAUGAUGGACAUGUAAUAACUUUGGAAAAAUUCAGAUCUGAAGUGAAGAAGAGGACUGAGAAAAUAUGAUGUAUACAUCCAGCUUCUCCACAAGCAUUUGCCAGAAAAUUUUAAACAAGGAGAAGCAGAGCUGCUGCUCCAGCUGAAGGGAGCGGUCUCUGAGCGUGAGCAGGAGUGGGCAGGCCGAGCUGGACAGGGACAUCACCGCUUGCUCGGCCUGCGACGGCAAGGACAACCACCUGCGAGACACA